UAUUUCCCUUUCGCCUUCUUAUUAAUUAUUAAUUUUUAAUUUACACUAUCAUGGUGAUGCACGAAGCAUAAGGUGCUUUCUGUCUAGAAAAUUAAGUGCCCAAAAAAUAAUAAGUUUUCAAAUGCAUUCGUUUUUAAUAAAUAGGGUUCAUGUGUCAAAUAAUCUCGGUGUUAUGAUUUCAUUACCCUUUUCUGUCGAGGGGUUGAAUUUAUAUGCAGUAGCAGACUGUUAUAAAAGCGGCUUUAUUUUUCAUUUGUGGAAUCUUGUAUGCACUCAUUUAAGUUAUUUAUUGGUACCCCAUAUACAUAUUAGUAUUUUCUUUUAUUCGAGCGAAAUUCUAUUUAUCGGGACUGAGAUUCAAACUUGAGUACAAAUGGGGAGCACAUUGCUCUAGCCUACUUGGCUAUGGUCAGCAUUCCCUGUACCGGCGGAAUAUGUACAACACCAGUAGAGGUAACAUCCUCACAGUUAAUUGCAUCUGAAGUAUUUCCUUUAUUUCUAGUGAAGGCGCUACUCUACCCGGGGGCCUUUGCGAAUGCAUUCAUCAAGAACAAAGCAAUCCCAGGCUAUGAUAACUUGAAGUUAUAUAACUUCACCAAUGUAAAGGCAGCUGAUGCAAUCUCUGACCUACAACGUCUAGAGGUUCUUGUUGGAAGCUACUUAUCAGUGGCAGGAGCUUUUCUUGGUCUCAUUAGACCAGGGAGAACGAGCCUCUUUGGUAUGCUUCUCAUCGUAUGGGGGCUUGUAAGGGAAAUCUUUUCGAGAAAAUCAACGAGCACAGAUCUUAUAUGUAUGUACCCAGCGAUAUCAUUUCCCUUGUUUGCUGCCUUCUUGUCUAUAACAAGAGAUGUAAGGAGGAUAAUCCGUUGUUGCAGAGCUCCUCGAUUCGUGAAAACAAAACUUAUAUAAGUUGACGUACGCCUUCGUUACUCAUAUAUUUUUUUAAACUCCUCUCCUUUGUAUUCUUUGUUAAUCAUAAUGAAAGAAAUAGUGUGUUUGAUAACCA